AUGAGAAAUGUUCCGAUAAUUGAUUAUAUUUCGACACUUGAUAAAAUUGAUGAUUCGGAUUGUUUACCAAGUUUGGAAUUGAAUGUUUUGGUAAAAGCACAUGAAAUAUUAGGAGAAGCUAAAAAAUGUUGCCAAAAUGAAAAUGUAAGUUUUUCAAUGUUUUGAAUUAAAUCUUUUUCAUAAAUUUUAUUUUUAUUUUAAUUUCAGUUCGAAUUUCUAUUCUUCAUUAUUUCUCGAUUCCGUGAAAUUGUCAAUAAUAUACCAUUGCUAGAAAAAUUAUUUGAAAAAGAAUAUAAUUGGAUUUGGCAAAAUUUAAAUGAUGAAAUAUCACAAAUUCUCAAUUGUCUUUUUGGAAAAUAUUCGAAAAAGCGAAAAUGUGCAGAAGAUCAUGGAACUAAAGGAAAUUGCAAAGCUGAUAUGAAAAUAGCAAGCAAAAUAUUGAGAGUUAUAUUGGUUCAACCUUUGCCACUUUAUGAUGAUAAAGAGAGAUUAGGUCAUGAUGUUGUGGAAUUGAUUAAUUCGAAAUUUGAAUUUCUACUUGAAAUUAAGCCGGAAAAACAGAAAAUUGUUGAAAGUUUUGAGAAGAUUUUGAAAGAAAGUUCGUUUCAAGAUGAGGAAUCAAUUCGGUGAGUUUGAGAAUAUUUUGAGAAUUUCUAACAUAAAUCGGAUAAUAUUCCUCUUGUUUUCAGCCAAGAAUUUGAGAAUAUAAAGGUUGUUGAAGAAUCUGAAAUACAAGCAUUGGUUUGGUAUUCGUUGGCUCUGAAUAGUUAUAGAACAAGUAAUCAUGAAGAUUGUAAAAAGUAUUCGCAGGUAUCUCUUUUUCCUUAUUUCUAACGGUUAGAAAUUCUAACCCAAUGAAAUUUAAUUUUCAGCUAUAUUUGACUUCAAUUGAUUCAACCUACGAUGAUCGACUUCGUUCUUCAGCUUGGGCAAUUUUAGCACACGAACAUGUUCGACAAUUAUUCCAACUCGAUAAAAAUGCAAUAUUCAAUGAAUGGAGAUGGAGAAUAUUACCAUUUAAAAUGGCAAUUUCAGCACAACCAAAUGAAGCUGUAAUUCAUUUCGAAGUUGCUGCAACAAUGUAUCAAUUAGCAUCACAAUUAAUUCGAUUUGUUCGACAAUUACCAUUAGAUGAUUUGAGAAGAAAAAGAAUCAAAGAUGGAUCGAUUUUACGAGAAUAUUCUCGAUAUCAUUUUGAUAAAUGUCUUCAAUUAGCACAACCUUCGUUAGAUGGAACACCUGCGGAAUUCAAUUGGUUAUGUUAUUUCUUCAUUGGAAAAUUGGCUGGAAAACAAAAUGAUGAUAUUGUAAAAGUUGUGGAAUAUUUUUAUGAAGCUGCUUGUGGAUGUCAAUUGGCUGGAUUUUAUUAUCCCGUAAAAAUUAAUUCGAAAAAACAGACCAAUUUUGAACCACUUGAAGUGCAUUAUCAAGCACAUUCUGCGGUUUGGAAAUAUCUUGAUAGAAAGUAAGUUUGAAAGGGAAAUUAUCAUAUCUAAAUAUUUUAUUUUUGCAGUGAUAAUCCACCAUUAAAUACACUUCUUCAAUUAGAAUCAUAUUUGAAAGUAUUUGCAAAUGGCCACAAAGUUGUGAAAUAUUCAAACUCGUUAUUCGAUACACCGCCAGAAUUAUAUUUGACAGUUUCAGAAUUGGUUGAAAAUGUGGCCGGAUCUGAAAUUGAGAAAGAAGAGGAAAGAGUUUGUCAAGAAAUUCUUACGAAAUUGGAAGUUAUUGAAAAAUUAAAAACAAUGUGCCAAAGUGCAUUUUUAUUGAUCUGUGAACGAUUUCCUCACAUCAAAUCACAUUAUCGAUUGGCUGAAUGGUAUUUGGAAAAUGGAAAGUGAGUUUGAAAUGAAAUUUGUAAGAAAUAUAAUAGUAAUCUAGAUGUUUUAGGUUCGAGUUAGCUUCAGAGCAGAUAUUGAAAAAUGUUUUCAAACGAAAGAAACGAGACGAUGGAGUUUUUGAUGUGAGCUAAAUAUCUUUACUUCUUAUUAAUUCGAGACAAAAAAUCCAGAAAAGAAAAUCCAAAAUUUUCAGAAUAUAAUUGAAAUUUCUUGCAAUGAUAUAAAUCGAGCUGGCUCAUUUUGUUUCCACGUUGAAAGAUGUCUUCGAGUUGCGAUUUAUAUCACAACAAAAAUGCUUGAUGUUCAUAAUUUGGCAUCGAUUCUGAUUAGUUUGAUCUCAACAAUUGCAUUGGAUGAUGAGUAAGAUCAAGUUUUCUAAUGAAUGACUAAACAUUUACUAUUUUCAGCCAGUUUAUUGAACCAAGAUCGAAUGUGAAAUUGAUUCGAUCGGUGUUAGAAUCAAUUGAAACAGUUUGUUUGACAGUUAGACCGAGAAGUUGUGAGUUUUCUGGAAAACAAUUAAGUUCAUAAAGAUUUAAUUAGUUAAUUAUUUCCAGCAAGAAAUACACCAUCACCUCCUCCUCAAGAAAUUUCACAAGAUUCUUCGAAAAAUGAACCGACAAAAGUAAUUCAUGUAACUCCAGCAAUGAUUCGAAAUGAAUUGUGGAGAAUUUGGAAUGCGUUUUUGAAGUGAGCUUUUUUUUGAAAUGGAGCAGUUUUUUUUAAAAUGUUCCCUUUUUCUAAACACAAAGUCUCAUUUUUUCCAGGCGCGAUAAAAAGAGUGAAAAUGAAAAACUGUUGGCUUUUGCUGAAAAACGAAUAAGCGCACUUAUCACAAAAAUUUAUGGAAGUAUUCAAAUUCUGCGAACCAAAGUUUUACAAAAAGAAUCGACUUCAAAUAAUUCUGCUGAAAAUUUGCCGAGAAAAACUAAAAAUGUAUUGAAGGUAAAGCAUUUAUUUUUUAACAAAUUUCAAAAUUGAAUUUUAUUAUUAUUUUUCUUUCUGCAGAGAAAAGCACAAGCAAAUGCUUUGGAUGUGAUUCAACCAUUUCUCAAAAAGACUGCAUUAUCUUCAAUUCCUUCAACAUCGGCACAAAUUGCUCAAGAUGAUGAUGAUAUUCAAUGUUUGGACCCGCCUGUGGUUACUGUAAAUCAACAAUUGGCACAUACUUGGAAUGUAAGUUUGAAUAUUUUUUUCGUACAACAUUUCAGAACUCACAAUACAUUUUUGCAGACCAUAAUGCAACAACUGUAUUCCAAAAAGUGA